AUUAAACAGAUGUUAUUGUUAAAAGUAAAGAAAAGGACACAGUUCUUUUUCUCUCCAUCACUGGGGUUAAUACCCAUGUUCACCUGUUCAAUACGUAAUGCAGUGCAAACACUUUCCAUUAUCCAACUGUUCAGCAUUUUUCAAGCAUCAAAAAACAAAGCAGCGAGGCCCCCCAACAGGCACAGCUUUGAAAAAAGGUCCUGCAGCGAUAACUAUCUUUAUGGACAGCUUUCUACAACCACUGCCAUUUGCCCAGAGACUGGGGUUGAGCACACACCUGAUGGAAAUGAAAUCUUCAUAAGACAACAUCGAGGUACCAAAGCAGAACCAAAGAGUGACUGUGCUGCAGGCACAAACAUACCAUGCUCCUAAACUGUGCAUUCAGCGUGUGCCAUGUGCUUAUGUUGGUGCUGUGUCUGUCUGCGGCUGAGGACUUUGACUGGACAAAGAACGAACACGGCUCCUUCUAUUAUGGCACUUUUCCAACUGGAUUUUCAUGGGGCGUUGGCAGUUCGGCCUAUCAAACAGAAGGAGCCUGGGACAAAGACGGAAAAGGACUGAGCAUCUGGGAUGUGUUUACUCAUAAAAAGGGGAAAAUCUACCAAAAUGACACUGGUGAUGCUUCCUGUGAGAGCUACUACAAAAUCAAGGAUGAUGUUUCUUUAAUGAAAGAGCUCAAACUGAACCACUACCGCUUCUCCAUCUCCUGGCCUCGACUAAUCCCCACUGGAGUACGGUCUGACCAUGUCAAUGAAAAGGGAAUCCAGUACUACGACCAACUGAUUGACCACCUGCUGGAAAACAACAUCACUCCCAUCGUCACUCUGUAUCACUGGGAUCUGCCCCAGGUCUUACAAGAAAAAUAUGGCGGAUGGCAGAACGUCAGCAUUGUCAACCAUUUCAAUGAUUUUGCCAAUCUUUGCUUUGAACGAUAUGGUGACAGAGUCAAGUACUGGAUCACUUUCAACAAUCCGUGGUCUGUAGCAGUUGAAGGCUAUGAGACUGGUGAACAUGCUCCUGGAAUGAAGCUGAGAGGAACAGGCGCCUACAGAAGCGCUCACCACAUCAUAAAGGCACAUGCAAAAGUUUGGCACACGUACGACACUCAGUGGAGAGGGAAACAAAAAGGCCAGGUCGGCAUCUCUUUGUCUGGAGACUGGGGGGAGCCGGUGGACAUUAGCAACCAAAAAGACAUCGAAGCAGCUGAGAGGUUUGUCCAGUUCAACCUGGGCUGGUUUGCCACGCCCAUAUUCCAUGGAGACUACCCUCAAGUGAUGAAAGACUUCAUUGGAAGGAAAAGUGCGCAGCAGGGACUGGGGACGUCCCGACUGCCUACCUUUGCUCCCCAGGAAAAAAGUUACAUCAAAGGGACCUGUGACUUCCUGGGCAUUGGCCAUUUCACCACCCGCUACAUCACCCAAAAAAACUACCCAUCAGGCCGCAGUGGCAAUAGCUACUUCACCGACCGUGACCUGGCUGAGCUGGUUGAUCCUCGAUGGCCUGACCCUGGGUCAGAAUGGCUCUACUCUGUGCCCUGGGGUUUCAGACGGAUGCUGAACUUUAUCAAGACUCAGUAUGGAAACCCAGUGAUUUACGUGACGGAGAAUGGAGUCUCUGAGAAGACGCAGUGCACCGAGCUCUGUGAUGAGUGGAGGAUACAGUAUUUUAAAGACUAUGUCAAUGAGAUGCUUAAAGCUAUCAAAGACGGGGUCAACGUAAAAGGCUACACCGCGUGGUCCCUGCUGGACAAGUUCGAGUGGGACGAAGGAUACUCUGAGAGGUUUGGCUUGUACUACGUCGACUUUGGCAACAAAAACAAGCCCCGUUAUCCUAAAGCCUCGGUUCAGUUUUACAAACGUAUCAUCAGUUCCAACGGAUUUCCCAAUCAGAGAGAGGUUGAGAACUGGAGGCGGAAGUCGAUUGAGACAUGUUCUUCCAGCAGCCAGCUCCUGGCAGCAGAUCCCCUGACCAGCCACAUGGAGAUGGUGACGGAGAUCGUCGUACCCACCGUGUGCACACUUUCCAUUCUGCUCAGUGCCAUCUUGCUUAUGUUUUUGUUGCGGAGGCGAAACUAGACGUGCGUG